UUCGUUUUUAAUAAUCCCACCUUUCAAUUAUUUUUCAAUAAUCCCACCUUUAGGUAACUUUUAUUUUUAUUGGUCCUUACAGGUUACCUCACCUGUUUUAGCCGGUUUUAGGCCUACGUGGCUUCUAACGGUUACUUUUUUUUUUUAAUUUUUUUUUUGUUUGUUUAAAAGUGCCACGUCCCUUAGUUGAUUUCUCUUCUUCUUCUUUCUCUGUUUCCUCUCUUCCUUAAAACACCAUUGUUGGUCGCAAAUUCCCCUAUCAAAUUCAUCUCUUCUCAGUGAAAUUUGGUUGCAAUGGCUAGUCGUAGGCACGUUGGUUCAAGUGGAUCAUCUUUGUCAAGGUCGUUUGGUUGGGGUUUGCCAAAAUUGAAGUGUAAAUGCGGUGUUGAAGCCGUAAUUCGGAGGGUGAGGAAUGUCGAUAAUGUGGGUAUGAAGUUCUACGGAUGCCCUAACUGGCCUGAGGGUGAUUGUGGGUUCUUUCAGUGGGUUAAUGCUAACAAUAUGGACCUUGAAGAUCUAAGAUUCCAGGUUUUUGAAAAAGAUACACAAGUUGCUGAAAAGGAGAUUGAAAUUGAUUUCAUGAAGGAGCAGUUGAAAAAAAUUGAGAAGAAUUUGGAUAUUAAGAAGGAUGAGUUGAAUGAUACAAAAAUGGAGCUUUCCCACACUAGAAUUGAAAUAAUGAAGGCGGCAAGGAAUGUAAAAAACUUUUCCAUUGCUCUGUUUGUGUCAUGGAUUUUCUUUGCUUUUCUGUUAGUGUAUUUGAAGCCAUGA